ACACAGCAGCCUUUGGUGGUUUGCACAUCAGUCAUUCCGACUGACCUUCUGCAGGUCUAAGAGAGAACGCGAGCUUCCGUUUAUGUUCAGUGUAGCCCAGCGUGUAUGCUGUAGGUGAGCCCGUUUUCAUCAAGACGCCUCGGAUGUGUUUAUAGGGUUGGGAUAACACCAAACAUGCGGUGGCCUUAUUAAAACGUUUUAAUUUGAGGCUGGUAAGUAAUUGCUCCUCCAGACCAGCAGGAGAUCAAAGAAGAUGGGGAUUUGCCCCUCCAGGUGCAGAUCCAACCCGACCGGUUUUGAAAAUCCGCCAGAGCGUCUUCCAUCGGGUAGACGUUUUCCAUCCACAAGACUCUCUCCUCCCACAUAUGCCGAAAUGUGCCCGGUCUCCGAGGACACCUUGAUUGUCUCCCUCCGCGACUUUCCAUCAUUCGGUAGCACAGAGUUGGUCGUGAGCAUCGGGGAGCGACUUAGCAUCAUAUCAGACGAUGGCGAUAUUUUGAUGGUCAGGUCCACCAGCACAAGCCGAGAACUCUACAUUCCCACCGACUACACUGCCAAGGUCACGCAAAGGUGGCUGUUCACAGGUAUCGGCAGGCGCAAAGCAGAAGAGCUCCUCAUGCAACCCCAAAAUCGCAUCGGAGGCUUCUUGAUACGAACGUCGGAGAGGAAAGCAGGCUGCUUUUCUCUGUCCGUACGGUGGCGAGUCAACGUUUUGUACUCGGAUUGUGUAAAGCACUACCUCAUCUCUCAACUCCAAAACGGCCGGGUCUACAUCACUCCAACGCGCUCCUUCUGCUCUCUCAAGCACCUGGUGGACCACUAUUCAGAGUCUGCGGAUGGACUUUGCUGUCGGCUGAAAGAGCCUUGCUUCAUUCGGGGUUUAAGCGUCCCCAGAGAGGACAGGCUUGCCGGGCCCGCAGCCAACAGGAAGCCCACCAACAACCGGAAGGACGUCAGCAGAUCCAUGAUUCUAAAUAGAAGGAGGACGGAGUCCGGCGGCUCAAAGUUGAGUGAGGGCCUGAGGGAGGCCAUCAGCUCUUACCUCCAAAUGACAGAAGACAGCAGUCACGGCUGGGACACUUGAGCGCAAAAGUUCCAUCUGGCCACAAAGACCGCUAUUCUUCCCAAGACCCUCGGCCGCACAUGGAGCCGAAAAUUUGAGACAGCUUUGAUUUUACUUUUGACUGAAAAAUCCUCUUCUUAAUUCAGUCUUUACUGCUGUUUGAAUGCUUUGUAUGAUUAUUGACUGUUUAUGAUCAUAGAAUGUAGGCAUGGGCUCAUGUUUCAUAUGAUAACCGUGAGUACAAAAUAUUGCGGUGUUACGCUAAUUACAGCCCUAAAAUGUCCUCCUCUGAAAUAUUUAUGUAAAUAAAACCUUUUUUUUCCACUGACCACAAUCAAUUUUAAUUUUCAACAAAAUAUUGUAUAUUUGGUACAUCAAGAAACAUGUACCAUCACACGUCAAGUUUA